AUGCUUGCCGAUGUCGACGAGUUUUUGGUGAGAGAAGGACGCUGGCGCGAGCGGAUGCCCCUCGCCGUUGCACGCUGCUUCCACGCAGCAGCAGUCGUGAACGUGCCUGCCACCGCUGCCGCUGGAGAGAAGACGCUGAUUGGCGCUUUUUGUGGAUUGGGUGGAGAUGGGUGCCUUUCCUCCUGUGAGCUCUAUGACGUCAGUCAGGACAGGUGAGAGAACAUCGGUCGUCGUGGCACAUCCAUUUUUUGCUAGAAAUAUCACUCACUCACUCACUGUCCCGCUUUCUCUCCGCCUCCCCCGAAACAGAUGGCACAAAUUGCCCGAUCUACCGGAGAAGAGGAGCGGUCCAGCUGCUGCCUGCCUGCCCGACGAGUGUCGGGUCUUCGUUUUUGGCGGUUUUGAUGAAUCCUUCUGUGGUCUUCUGCCAUCUGCCGGCGGACUGGCAGGGACAGGCGAUCUCAGCAGACUUUUAGCAGCCAGCGGCUCCCAUGAGAACUGCGCGAUCGCACCUCGCAGCGACGCCCUUUCGGGGAGCAAUCCUGGUCGCCGGUGGAUACGAUGGCCAAAAAACUCUCAACACGGUGGAAAUGUUCUCGCUGCCAGACGCCAGCUGACCCCUUUGGUCAGUGGACAGAGAUUGCCGGCAUGA